CCACCUCAGCACCAUCUCCUCCUCCGUCUCCUCCAGUGAGCUUUGACAAAAUUCAGUGAACGCUGCACCUGAGUCAGAAGACCAGUCUCCAUGAACAUGUAUCGCUCCGGGUUUUCCUCCUCUUCCAUGUCCUCUCUGCCCAUGACGAAGCGCUCCUCGCGGAGCGUGUAUGGCGGUGCAGGAGGUCAAAGUGUCCGGGUGUCCUACGCCUCCAACAGCUUAGGAGCCGGCUUUGACCUGGCAUCUGCUAUGGGAGGCGGCGGAGGUGGACUCGCCGGGAACAAUUUCGCUGUGUCGGGCAACGAGAAGUUCACCAUGCAGAACCUCAACGACCGUCUGGCCAACUACCUGGACAAGGUGCGCUCUCUGGAGUCCGCCAACGCCAAGCUGGAGCUUCAGAUCCGGGAGUGGUACGAGAAGCAGACCCCCACCGUCAGGGACUACAGCAAGUACGAGGCCAUCAUCAACGACCUGCGCAGAAAGAUCAGUGUUGCCACACAGGACAAUGCCAGGCUGAUGCUGCAGAUUGACAAUGCCAGACUGGCAGCAGAGGAUUUCAAAAUCAAGUUUGAGAACGAGAUGGCACUGCGCAUGUCGGUGGAGGCGGACAUCGGCGGACUGCGCAAGGUUCUGGAUGACCUAACCAUGGCCCGGUCCGAGCUGGAGAUGCAGGUGGAGGGCCUGAAGGAGGAGCUGGUCUACCUGAAGAAGAACCACGAAGAGGAAAUGGCGGCCAUGCGUGGCCAAGUUUCUGCCAGCUGUGUCAACGUGGCGGUGGACGCCAAGCCUCAGGCGGACAUGUCCAGGACCAUGCAAGAGAUCAGAAGUCAGUAUGAGGGCAUCGCUGACAAGAACCGCCGCGAAAUGGAGGCGUGGUACCAGGGCAAGUUUGACGAACUGAACAAGCAGGUGGCAUCCAGCACAGAGACCCUCCAGACCUCCCGAACUGAGAUCAAUGAGCUCAAGAGGACCCUGCAGGCCCUGCAGAUUGAGCUGCAGUCCCAGCUCAGCCUGAAAACUAACUUGGAGAGACAGCUGGGAGAGACUGAGUCCUGCUACUCCCUGCAGAUGAACCAGCUCCAGUCCAUGGUCAACAGCCUGGAGGAGGAGCUCAAAAACAUGAGGGGGGACAUCGAGAGGCAGGCCACUGAAUACCAGGUGCUGCUCGAUAUCAAGACCAGGCUGGAGAUGGAGAUCGCCGAGUACAGAAGACUGCUGGAUGGAGAGGAGGGAAAUCUAGUCAUAGAAAAAGCUAAACCGGUCGUAACCCAGAGGACGAGGGUGGUGAUCGAGGAGAUUGUUGAUGGAAGAGUGGUGUCCCGCUCUGAAGAUGUGGACACAGAGGUUAUCACCAAGUAGAGAGACUGGAUCCCAACAGAUCUGGGUCAAAUGAUACAUUAGAAGAAAAUUAUCUCUAUCUUGCCUGUUUCUCACACCCAUCUGAAGUCUACUAAAAUUAGCCGGGAAAAUGUUUUGUUAUUAUUUCACCCAGGUCGGAAAUCCAUCGGGUAUAUUUCUCUCUCCAAAUAUUUGAGUUGACAUUUGGAUUCAUUGUCAGAAAAUAUUUAUUCUGAUGUAAAAAUAAGCAAAACCAAUAAAAUGUAUAAGAAGAAUGUAUAAGCAUUAGAAAGAACCAGACUAUAUACUGUGCUUUCUUAGUUUUAUACUGUAUCACCCCAUUUAUUCAAUACUCACUGACAACAACUACACUGACUGUCCUCUAACCCGGUGGCUUUCAAAGUGGGGUCUGGGAACCCCCCAGGGGUCCUUAAAGGAGUUCCAGGGGGUCCCCAGCAAAUAGGGGAAUAAUUUAUUUUCACUUCAAUUUCAUCCAUAAGUUACACAAUAACCAAAUGUAUGAAUAUUUAUGUCAUGGGUUUCAUACACUUUCUGUAAUAAAACAUCUAAAAGCAAAAAAUCCUGUCAGGGGACCCUGGGACAAAAUCUUAUCAAAUGGGGUCUAAUUUGUGUCAGUUUAGGGGUCCUUGACAUGAAAAGGUUUGGGAACCACUGCUCUAACCUGCCUCCUGGAAUACCAAAUUUAUACAUUAGAUGGCAGUGUGAGCCCUACAAAGGAAACGCUCUUUUGCAAAAUUGAGGCCAUUGCUUCUCUGGCCAUUGGGUUGAAUGGAUACAUGGAGUGAUAAAAGAUCUAAUUUGUAUAUUUUUUAUUUUGGGGGAGAGGUUAGUGUCAGUGUGAAAGGUAAUAGAAAAUAUUUGUGCAUUUUAUGUUAUGUGAAAUAUUGCUGUCAAUUAAAUGUUGCCCGAGUACAAUUGCCAUAAAGAAAUUAAGACCAUUGUCCUAAUUAUUGUCAGCCUCUGUGAUGUGUAGUAUUUCAAUAAAUUAAGACCACACUUCCCAUAAACCUUGUGGGAAACCUAUGA